UGUCGGCUCGGUCAUCUGAUCAGCUGUGUCCAAUCACAGCUGAUCACAUGUAAACAGGGAAAUGGGACAUGUACACUGAUCAUCAGGGCACUGAUGAUCAGUGUAGCCCCAGCAGUGCCACCUGUCAGUGCCUUGUGUCAGUGGCCCCAUAUCAGUGCCUACCAGUGCACAUCAGUGCCAUUUCAGUGCCCAUCUGAGCUGCCUUUCAGUGCCACCUAUCAGUGCCAGUCAAUGCUGCCUAUCAGUGUGCAUCAGUGCCGCCUAUCAGUGUCCGUCAGUGAUGCCUGUCAAUGCCCAUCAGUGCCACCUACCAGUGCCUCCUCAUCAGUGCCCAUCACUGCCACCUAUCAGUGUCCAUCAGUG